GCAGUAGCGGUAAUGGAAACUAGGUCUACAGAAAUGGCGUGGAGGGCGGCAUCCUUUGGUGCGUUUUUAAUAAAUAUUUGUUAUUUUUAAAUGAAAAAGGAUCAAGGUGAAUGGGCCGCCAUGGUUGGAUUCCGCCAGGGGGGAUUGCAGAUCAUAAAUCUUUAAAAAAAUUCGCGUCCGUGCGCCAAGAUUCUGAGAGGCGAGAUGAACUCUUUGCUUGUGCCACCACUUUUCAAGGCAAAAACCAGGUUUUCAACCUCUGCCCGCAUUCUUGUCCUUCACAGGCCCACGGUGGCUUUCUGGUGCGUUUAAUAUUCGGCCAUGGACGCCUAGGUUUACCAAAAUGGCAUACAGAGCGACACUUUUCUCGUGCAUUUUUUUUAAAUAAAAAAAGACCAGGGCGUUUGAGGCGGCAUGGUUGAAUUUCGACAGAAAGGAUCGCAGAUCAUAAAUCCUUAAACUAAUCGCUUCUGAGAGACGAGGGUGAACUUGUUCUUGACUUCUGCACGCGCUCUGGUACUCCACAGGCUCUCGGUGGCUUCCUUCGGAUCUUAGCGCUCGUCGUCUAGAUCAAUAAGCGGGCGGAGAGCACUGUGCUUCAUACGGUGACGCGUCCGGCUGAGCAGCCGCGUCCUCCAGUUUCGGCUCUGCUUACAGGCGGGCGAGAGACACGGUUUUAUUAAAAAUUAGUUAUUAGGGUUUUAAUAUGUAAUUAAUGGCCGUGGUUUACUGUAAUGUGUGCGAUUUACGAGGUUUAAAAUAAGGACAAAAAAGGAGGAUAAAGUACAUAGGUGCAGUUUUCAACUAUUAAAGAAAGUUCUGGGGUUGCAAAGUUUCCAAGAAAAUUCUAUGGCAAUUUCCACGUUCUAAGAAAUAAGAGGAUGAGGUCUGCCCCUGUUCCCCUACUUCUCUUCGAAUGUUCGAGUAAUCUGUGAAUAUCAUUCGAUGUGAUAUUUUUCAGAUGCUGUUUUCAAAUAGAUAAGAAAGUCCUGGAAGUUACGAAGUUUACAAGAAAAUUCUUAGGAAAAUUCCAUGUUCCAAGGAAUAAUGGGAUGAGGCUGCCCCGGUUCCCCUACAUGGUUCGGAAUGUUCGAGUAAUCUGUGGGUUAUUCGAUGUGAUGUUUUUGGCUUUGCAAAGCAAUUACGCCAUCUUCCAGUGCAUUGAAACGUGGCAAUUUCUAUGCAGCUUCCAGACCCUAUUUUGAUUAUUAAUUAAUAAAUAAUAUUGAGAAAUGUAUAUUCUUAUUGAGAAAUAAUCUGAUCUGGAAAAAUAUCUGAUUGGUCCCAAAAACUUUUUAAAAUAGAAUGUCAUUAAAAUCUUUCAUUUCAUACUGAUCCAUCAGACAUGUGGAAGAACAAGACCGGCCAGUAGUCAUUAGCCAGAAUCCUGUCUUGUGCUCGCCUUUGGAUACAAAUUUGACACACAAUAUCCGAUAAAGAAACAUUAAACUAUUUCAAUCGGUUAUCCGAGACAAGUCAAACACAAGUCAAGUUCUCAUUGACACAAUUCAAUUACAGUAAAUCAACGGCUAUUUCCGCGGCAUGUGGCCGUUGAACGAGCAUAAUACCGUUGUCGAUUUGCUGUUGCCUUCGCACUAAGUGAAACUCUGUAUCUAUCCGUUGAUGACGCUUUCCCGGAAAUCUGGAUGAUUCUAAAAUCUUCUAUUUAAUGCUUGAACCAUGCCUCAUAACUUUUUAACAAGAGAUAGUAAUACGUAUCUACAAGUUUGAAAUUUCGAGAGCUACUGAAUUCUUCUAUAUUUUGUGUACAUAUCUACAAGUUUGAAAUUUCUAGAGCUACCGAGUUGUUCUAUAUUUUGUGUACAUAUCUACAAGUUUGAAAUUUCUAGAGCUACUGAGUUCUUAUAUAUUUUGUGAAAUCUUUAACUGAAUUUUUAUUUUAGCAAUACAUAGAAUGGAGAGUUUCAAUAGUAAGGUUCUGUGUACUAGAGCCGAGGCCCUUCUGAAAUCCCUUAUCCUAGCUAUCCAACAACUUUGUGCAUCUGACCUGCAACUGCCCAAGGAUCAGCAAAACCCUGCCAUUCACCUGUUUUUAAACACACUUAUUAGGGGCGCAGAGCUGGUGAAAUAUUGUGAAAGCAUUAGCGCUUUCAAUGUAUUUCGUAGGUGUAGAUAUGCUUCACAGAUACUCAAGCUAGAAGAGGAGGUUGAUGGCGUCAUGGUUUCCAUCCCAGCACACGUUGAGUUAGAUGCUAGAAAUCUUAUUGCAGUCUUGAAAGAUCUAUACAAGGAAUUGAAGCCUCGUGAUUUAAGUCGUACGCUGAAUGCCAUUGUUAAACAGCAAAUGAGUUUAGGCAACCUGUGUCAAAGUACUGAAGUGGAAGAGAAUAAAAAAUGCUCUUAUCUUAGUAAUGUUCCUGUGAAAUCUCGGUUUUAUGCGGGAUUGGAGAAGCCUGUUGGGGAUUUGAAGGAGCUUUUAUUCCAAAGCGAGGUGUCUGUCGUUGGGGUGCAUUGUAUGGGGGGUGGUGGGAAAACGACUUUGGCCUUGGCUAUUUGUAAUGAUCCUCAUAUCAAAGAUUAUUUUGAGGAUGUACAUUUCAUCACUGUUUCGCAGUCCCCAAAUCUUAAGGGGAUUAUAGAGACAAUGUGGGAGAAGAUUGUUGGAAGGAAGAAGCCCGAUUUUCAGAAUGUAGAGGAUGCACGCAUCCAGCUAAAUCAGCAGCUUUUUAGUCAAUCGAAGCGAACCCUGAUUAUAUUAGAUGACGUCUGGUCCAGGGUUCAUUUGGAGGAAUUACUACUUGAAGCGCCAGGGUACAAGACUGUUGUCACAACCAGAGACAGUUCUAUCAUCCCACAAAACUCCUAUACUCGACUGUAUGAGUUGCCAUUGCUGGGCCACGAGGAUGCUCUCUCGUUUUUCUGCUUCUCAGCUUUUGGACAGACAUCAAUUCCAAGUAACGCAGAUGUAAAUCUAGUCAUGGAGGUACAAGCUGAAUGUAAGGGCUUACCCCUUGCUCUAAAGGUGAUUGGGAGCUCUUUGAAUGGGGAACCUCAUGUGACCUGGUUGAACGUGAAGAAUAAGCUUUCCCUGGGCGAAUCCAUAUCCAGCGAUCACGAAGGAGGGCUUUUCAGGUGCUUGGAGACCAGUAUUGAUUUCUUGGAUAAUGAUGGGAGAGAAUGCUUCUUAGAUUUAGCCUCAUUUCCAGAGAACAAGAAAAUAUGUGCUGAUGCACUGCUGGACAUUUGGGUUUAUAUUCGGAAGCUGGAGAGGCAAGAUGCCUUUAUCAUGUUAUUGGAUCUUGCAAGGAAAAAUCUUUUGAAUUUAGUCAGCAGCCCAGGAAGCCAAGCAACAGUCUCUUAUGGAAAUGCCUCCGAGCUGUACUUUUCUCAGCAUGAUGUAAUGCGAGAUUUGGCCAUAUAUUUGGGAAGCCAGGACAGUAUAGUCCGUAGGAAGAGAUUAUUCAUGCCCAGGAAAGAGCUGAGCUUGCCAGAGGAGUGGGGGGAGAUGCCUUAUGACAGAACAUUUAAUGCUCAAGUUGUCUCUAUUCACACAGGCUCUAUGGCUGAGAAUCAAUGGUAUGAGAUGGAUUUUCCAGAGACAGAGGUUCUGGUGUUACACUUUUUUGCGAGCAAGUACUUUCUACCACCAUUUGUCAGAACAAUGAAGAAACUGAAAUUUGUAAUGUUGUGUAAUUUGAACUCGAAGAGGGCCACAAUAGAAGGUUUAGAUGCCUUAUCUUCACUCACUCAGCUCAGAAGUGUUCGCUUGGAGAAGUUGGAUGCACCCACUAUUUUAGAACAGAUUAAAGUAAUACAAAAAGUAGAGAAACUAUCUCUAUGCUUGUGUGAAGGGUUUGGAAAUAUUUCCACAUUCAGCAACACUAACCUACAAGAAUUUAUCCUCGAUCACUGCAGCGAUUUGGAGGAAUUGCCCGCAGACAUCUGCCAUAUGCCCUCUGCUCGGAUAUGGUCUAUUACCAACUGCCAUCUGGUUAAAAAGUUACCAUAUGAUCUCGGAAACCUGAGCUCUCUAAGAAUGUUGAGAUUAUCAGCAUUACCAGCCUUGAAAGAACUUCCGGCAUCAAUUGGAAAACUUGGUCAGCUGGAAUUUCUGGAUAUUUCACUGUGUGAGGGAUUGAGAGAACUUCCAGAGGAAAUAGGUCAACUCAAGCGAUUGAAAGAGUUUGACGUGAGAGAGUGUUCUCGAUUGAGGAGGUUGCCUAGAAGUGUUUGUGAACUAAGCUCUCUGAAACAUGUCAUCUGUGACGAGAAGAUUGGGCACCAGUGGUUGCAAGUUCAGGCCUCUUCUAUCCCUGAUCUGAGAGUUGAAAUCGUGGAACCGCAAUUUACUUUGGAUUGGCUUGAUGAUUGAUUUCAUAUUUCACUGUGUAAGAACUUCCAGAGGAAAUAGGUCAACUCAAGCAAUUGAAAGAGUUUGACAUGAAAGAGCGUUCUCGUUUGAGGAGGUUGCUAGAAGUGUUUGUGAACUGAGUACUCUCUGAAACAUGUCAUCUGUGAUGAGAAGAUUGGGCACCAGUGGUUGCAAGUUCAGGCCUCUUUUAACCCUGAUCUAGUGUUGAAAUCGUGGAACCGCAAUUUAAUUUUGAUUGGUUUGAUGAUUGAUUUCACAUUUCACUGUGUGAGGGCUUGAAAGAACUUCCAGAGGAAAUAGGUCAACUCAAGCAAUUGAAAGAGUUUGACAUUAAAGAGUGUUCUCGUUUGAGGAGGUUGCCUAGAAGUGUUUGUAAACUAAGCUCUCUGAAACAUCUCAUUUGUGAUGAGAAGAUUGUGCACCAGUGGUUGCAAGUUCAGGCCUCUUUUAUCCCCGAUCUUAGAGUUGAAAUCGUGAAACCGCAAUUUAGUAAUUUACUUUUUAUUGGCGUGAUGAUUGAUUUCACAAACAAGAAGCUUCAACCAACUUGACAACAUUUGUAAUGUAUAUGUUAACGUCAACUAUGUCAAAGUUUUGAGUUCAGGCCUCUUUUAUCCCCGAUCUUAGAGUUGAAAUCGUGAAACCGCAAUUUAGUAAUUUACUUUUUAUUGGCGUGAUGAUUGAUUUCACAAACAAGAAGCUUCAACCAACUUGACAACAUUUGUAAUGUAUAUGUUAACGUCAACUAUGUCAAAGUUUUGAGUUCAGGCCUCUUUUAUCCCCGAUCUUAGAGUUGAAAUCGUGAAACUGCAAUGUAGUAAUUUACUUUUUAUUGGCGUGAUGAUUGAUUUCACAAACAAGAAGCUUCAACCAACUUGACAACAUUUGUAAUGUAUAUGUUAAAGUCAACUAUGUCAAAGUUUUGACUUCAGAAACAGCCUUCCGGUGCCCACAAAUUUCUGGGGGCAUUCUUUGGUUGAGGGGGAAACUGUGUGAGAGUUUUUGUUGUUGGAACUUUUAAUGCAUCGAAGUUCUUUUUUAUUUUUAAAAAUAGUUUUUAACUUCGGAUGUAAUUUGUAAUGUAUGUCAAGGUUUGACUUUAGAAACAGUCCUCAGCCAAAGUGUGUGAAAGAGUUCGUAAUGUAUAUAUCGUUCAUAUAAUUUGUAAUGCAUAUGUCGAAUUUUUAACUUCAGAAACAGAUGUAUGUCCAAGCUUCAACUUGGAAAUAGCCUUUGGUUGAGGGGGAAAGUGUGGGGAAGAGUUUGUAAUGUAUAUAUCGUCCAUAUAAUUUGUAAUGUAUAUGUCGAAUUUUUAACUUCAGAAACAGA